GGGGAAGAGCAGAAACAAUGACAAAUUAGUAACUCGGCAUUCUCUAUCAUUCAUAGUGCCUCAGUCUUUGAAGGUCCUUCCCUCAGUGAUAUUAUUGGCUACCCACUAGUAAAUAUUUCCAAGUAACCAUUUUGGUCAUUUGGAUAAAAGCUCAGCAUAUUAAAAAGUCCCUGAAUAUUUAUAUGCUAGACCGUAAUGACAGCACCAGUUAAAUAAUAUAUGUAUUUAGGAACUUCUUAAGUGUAGAAGAAUCAGUCAAGGACUACUGGGUAAAUAAUACAUUUUUGAAAUUUUUAUGAACUCCUAAACUAACACCAGGCACAACCUACAUUAAAAUAAGCGUUUAAACGUAUCAAAGCCUGUAAAUUCAUAUAAAGCUGAAUGUUUGGUCUUAAUUAAAUCCCUCUUGCUGAUAGACUGCAAAUAAAUACUUUAGAACAAAAGGUGACCAUAUUGUCUGUCUCUGGUGUUGCAAUGUUUAGGAUUAACCAGGGGAGUUAAAAGUCUGACUAUCAGCUUUAACUAUGUAUAAAUCAGAAUUUUUAGAGUAAAAUUUCAAAGCAUUAGUCACGAAACACCCCACUGAAAUCUGUGGGAGCUUUUGUUAACGUUCCAGAUACAGAUUUUGUUUGUGUGAAUUGCCUUUUAAAUUUAUGGGUAUGGUUUUGAGAAGAGAGAAACUGAGCUGUUGGCUUUGGGAUUCGGACUGAAAUUUUUGGGAUAGUUUUGCUGGCUGUCUUCUGAUGCAGGAGGAGGAACCCUCCCUUAUCCAAAAGCCAUGGCAUAAGACUUCAUGGAAUCUGCCUUGGCAAAUGAUGACUGCUGCUUGCUUUUUAACAUUGGCCCCAGAUUUCUUACACAUUUCAGGCCAUUUGUAUAUUAAGGUGAUCCUUGAGGCUGAGGCUAGAAUAUUUUUGAGCCACUGUUUUGAUGGCUGAAGACAAUGAGUCAUCAUCCUGUAGUCACUGGUAGCGGCCCACAGGCUGCAUAGUACUCUUCAUAUGAGAUACCAGGAAUCUGUCUUCAUGCUGGGAGCUGAGUUGCAUUUUGCACAGGCGUAAUAGUCACCUACUCCAGUCAUUUUUGCUUCUGAACCAAAAGCAAGAUCCAGAGUGUGCCCAUCUAUAGAAAUUGUCUGAAAUCAUCUGAGAUAGACCCUUUGCUGUCAGGGCAGCAAUGAGAUCCCAAGUCAUCUGCAGUCCCCCUAAAGAAUAAGCCUACAUAGGUCAGAUAAAUUCAUUCCACUCUGGAAAAUCUGGUGUUUACUGAGGAGGACAAUGCACUAACUGCCAAUUUAACCAUAUCCACAGAAGUAUGCAAACUAACCAUGCUACUUAACUGGGUGGAUUAUUCCAACUAUUCUUUUAAUGUUGCUGAACCUUUUCAGGUGAAACAUUGCUAGAUUUAGAGCCGUGAGCUCCCAGAACAUCUUUUCUGAGUUACGUUCUACUUGGUAACACUUGGCCCCACAUGAAAACAAUGACUGAGACCUCCUAAAAGGAGGCACAAAUGGUAAAUGAGAUUAAUUGCUGAAGUCUGUACUGUAAGAAAUUGACUAGAAAUGUGGAUUCGGAGAGAUUGACGUACUUUAUUGUUCCAAACUCAAUAAAUUCCCUGUCCGCUUUAGGUCCUCAGCUGUAAUGAUCACAUUGGGCUGACUCUGCUAUUGCUGUUGCAGUCUCCCUGAACUAUUUUGGAAAGUUUAAACAUUUCUUGCGUGAUUAAAUGCACUUUCAAUAAAUCAAUCCCAUAAUAAUUGUUGUUCAGGAGAGUUCAUUAUUCAGUUUAGUGUUUUAAAUUACUGUUCUUCUUUAAAGGAGUCUUCUGACGUAAUGGCUUCAGCUAAAUCCAUUUGCCAUACUCUGGCUUGUAAUUACUUUAGAUUUGAAGAAUAAAAUGAAUGGCUUUAUUAUUAAUCAGUAGCAAUUUUCUCGCUGUUUUUAACCUUAGAAUGGCCUUCGCUUGUGAAAUAGUUUUAACGGUCUAGAUGACAAAACACUUCCCCGCCCUCCCUUAGGACAGAGGGGUUCAGUGAAAGCAAUGAGAUCUGUUUUCUCCCAAACAUUUGUCAUAGUGAUCGUAAUUGUUACUGUGCGUGUUAGCCUUACAGGGUGAACAAAUUAGUUUGAUAUUGUAUGCUGUCAUCCUCUUGGUCUCUUUCAGUGCCUUCCUGUCUGGUCUUUUGUCUUUUAAAUUGUAAGUUCCUCAGGACAGGACCUGCCUCUCUGUCUUUAAAGUGGAGAGAGCAUUGUCUGAAAUGAAUUGUAAUAUUUUUUUAACUUUGAUCUAGUGGACUGUGUGAUCUACCUGUACUUAAGAAUAAUCUUGUACCCUGUUAGCUCAUGCCAGAUGAAAAGAAUAAGGGCUUGUAUAUACGGUGAUUUUAAGCGCACCAAGCUUGGGUGUAAAUCUACAAUACUCUAGCUUGUUGUGCAUCUGUGGACCCUGCUACCGCGUACUAAAAGAUCUGUAGUAUGCUUUGACCUACCACUCUUUGAAAGUCCACACAGCAAGCUAGUGUGCUGUAGAUGUAUACCCCACCUUGCUGCGUACUAUCUUGCCAUAUAGAGAAGCCCUAACUUACCAAGAUUUUUUUCUCUUUCUACAGUGUGGGAUUCUACAGUUGUCUGUAGUCUUGUUGACUUCGCACUUAUGAGACUGUCCAGUUUGACCAAUGUACGUGGCAGAGGGGCAUUGCUGGCACAUGAUGGCAUAUAUCCCAUUGGUGGAUGUGCAGGUGAGUAACCUUCAUUUCUUCAAGUGGCCUCUGCACAUUUCUGCUUCAAGGGUGGACUGUGGUGCAUGUUGGAACCAGUGGGUUGCGGCACAAGUGCCUUGAUCACAAAGUGGGAAUACGCAGAACUUCAUCUCGAUGAACUCCAGUUACAGCAGCAGUACAGAGAAUGCCAGGAACUUCUGAGUCUAUAUCAGAAGUAUCUAUCUGAACAGCAAGAAAAGCUAACGGUCUCUCUGUCAGAGCUUGGUGCUGCCAAGAUGAAGGAGCAGCAGGUAUCCAACAAGAAGAGUCCGUGCCAGCUAGCACCUUUGGAACUGGAUGGUUCUUAUCUAAGUAUAGCUAGACCGCAAACGUUAUACAAGAACAAUAAAGCAUCACAGUCUGGAAGUUCAGCCCUGUUUUCAGUACCUCUGCACUGUAGAAAUAAUCAUGCUCAUGGGACCACAGCCCAGUACAACCAACAGGAGGUUCUCAAUGAAUGUCCAGCAGAAAAUGGCUUGCACAGAAAAUGUAACAAUAUGAUGCUGUCAGCAAAGGAAAGGGGCCCAUACCACACACAAAUGGCUCCUGAUGUGGGCCAGAGAAUGAGUGAAUUUCCGAACACUUGUCCUCACCAAAUGAGUCAUUGGGCUUCUAGGCAGCCAGGAAGCUUGGAGAACAUUCAGGAUAGCCAAAAGGUCAGCCAUGCACCCAAAAGACAUUCUGGGCCGCUUCAUGAAACCUGUGAUUACUCUAGGCUUUCUCGUGUUUCUGGGAUGAAUGACAGUGUGGACUCUGGAUCAAAAGAAACAGAGCGUAGUAAAAGGCUGUCUGAGGAAAGAAGACAGCAGCUUCUGCUGCAGAAAAUGGAGCUGGAAGUUGAAAAGGAACGUCUCCAGCAUUUGCUUGCUAAACAGGAAGCAAAACUACUUCUGAAGCAGCAACAGCUACACAAAUCCAGGCUGGAUUACAAUAGAUUUAAGGGCCAAGUUUUUGAUUCAGACAUGGUCACUGAUGAAGCACCAGGCGGGCCAGGAGGACCAACCCUUAUGAUGAAUGGCACUGGCAUGGGGCUAAGCUUUCCAGUGUCUAGGUAUGAAGAUUGCCUUCCCAAAACACCGGCACUAGGCAAAGCGUGCAAAACACUAGGGAGCAGUGGAGGGAGCAGCUUGGGGAGGAGAACAGUUGGCUUUAGUGCAGACGUGGAAGAAGGAGCCAUGUGGAUGUAUGGAAAGAAGGAAACCAGCAGGUCUAGAAGAGGGACAGCGUCAGGAUCUAGAAAGGAUGCAGCUACAUCUCCUGUACUGACAGGCAGCAGAAAAGAGCUUGUAACCACAGCCACAUCACCAAUCCAGCAUGACACAUCACGAUAUGAGGCCUCCCUCAUUGAGUUGGUUGAAGCAAUGAGUCCAGUCGCUGCCCCGGGACACCACUAUGGAGAGUCUUACAACUGGAAGAAACCCCAUGCCCCUCGGAAUGGGAGCCCCAGAAAACCUGCAUGGUGCCAAGCCCCUCGUGGCACCCGAAACGAAGCGGAGGAGCUUGAGGAGAGCCGGAUCCUGGAGGAUAUUUUCUUCAUUUGACGAGGUUCAUUACUCUGCAGCCCCUCUGUAGGAUUUUUAGGACCUUGUUCCUGUUUCUGCUCUGGAUUUGUUUAUCGCAGUAUCACUUUUAAAUUAUUUGGUUGACAAGUGAUUGUCUCCCUCCUCGCCAAGGAGUUAGUACAGUAGCUUCCUCUUUCACUUAGAAUUUAGUAAUCAUGCUGCGAGAACAACGUUUGUUUUUUUUUGGACAGUCCAAUCAGAAGGUGUUAGUAAAUUUUGAACAAACUUUUCUUGUGCCAAGCAAUUAUUCUAAAAUAUAAUUAAAUCCACAACAUUUUGGAGUCGAUUGAAGCCAUAGCUUAGCCAGCCCUCAUAUGAGAAGUAUAUUUCAUUAUCGAUUUUUUUAGCGAUAAAGCAGUUUGCAAGAGCUGCAGAACACACAAGAACCACUGCAUUUCAAUUAGAUUAUUUCUAAUUAAAAAGCAGCCUGUUUAAAACCUAACAAUGUUACAAAGGUACAAGCACUUGAAUAUUAUUUCCAAUGAUUCUGUGAUCUACCAUUGCCUUCGGCAUUCUGAUAUUUACUGUGCUGAGAUUUUAGGGAGCAUAUACUCAGCUCAGCUGUAUAAUGUCUAAUAACAUUAAUGGAUGUUGCAGGGUUAAUGCACUGUGCAUCUGUUUGAAAAUAGUCUUCCUUAAAUCAGUACUAUUUGACAUAGUGUAUAUGCUGGGAUCCCUAUUGCCAACUCCUUAAAUAUCUCAUACAACCAGGAAAUGUACAGGUCCAAACCGUAUUUGAUGUGCUCUUCAAAAUGAGAGAUAUAGGAGUUAUAGAGUAAGAACAGUCUUAAGGCAUUUUCACUAACUUGCACUAUUUUGAUACCGUUUCCAGGUUCCAUUGUAAAUAAGACAAAUCCAUAAUUAUUUCUCAUAGCAGCUCAUAAUGCACGUUUCCCUGCCGGCUUUAAUUAUUAAUGCUCUAUCUAUUUCAGUUUAUUUAAACGCACUCCCAUCUACUUCAUGCACUUGGUUAUGUAAAGAAAUGUGCAGAAUUGGUAAAAAUGACUGCAGAUUACAGGAUGAAUGGACAUUUUCUGCACGAUGCAGUGUUCAUAUUUUAUUGGAACAUUGUAGCCACUGGCAUGUGUUCCUAGAAAUAUGAAGCUAAAACAUUCCUUUCACGCAAUAAAAGUGCAGCUAGAGAAAGUCAGAAUCACAGCAGUACAGACAAGUUCUAGGCUGUUUGUUUCCAACCACUGGUAUAUAGACCAGUACUGCUUUUUCAGUCUUUUGUGACUGGUCCUCCAGGCUCCUGCUCCAUACCUCCAUGGUGGUGAGCCCCUGGACUUGUCCCUGAUGCACUGCUGUUGUCUGCCUCCCAUGGACUUGUGCAUGUACCUAAUGUUGUUUACAAAUUAAUUGAUGUCCUUUUAUUGCAUCACAGCUGAAUUUUAAAAGCUGGUUGGAAAAGUACAAGGACAGAAGAGAUAAGAGCAGUUUUCCUGCACCGGUGAGCCUGGUGAGAAACUGUCCCCAUAGACAUCUGUUUCUCUCCAGCCCUUUCUGUGGAGAGUUAUGGUCUCUAACAGUAUCCUGCCAUGACAUGUAUCUGCUCCUUGAAUCCACUGGGGGACAAGCUUUUUCUAGAGUAUUCUGUCCUAAGGUCCCGCAGACCUGGCAAGUGACCCAUCACCGGACUGGCUGGGGGUCUCUCUCCACCACCCUUCAUGUUUCUGCUCCUUGGGCACAGGGGAUCAAGUUUAACAUAGUUUGCUUUGGCGUUAGAAAGAAAGGGAAAAAUUCAGGAGAGGCAGCUGGUAUUUGGAGGAAACCAGGAGGGAAUAGACAAUAGGACAUGGGUUUGGAUUUUUUUUAAAGGCUUCUCUGGGUCUAGACCAAAUGCGAGCCUUCAGUUUCUGGUCUAGGUCUAGACCAAACACCUUCAAUUUCUGUUCUUCUCCAGAUUGACUGUAACUGUAAUUGCCAUUUUUAACAAACACUAACAGAUUUUAAAACAGCAAAAAUAACAUUUGAAAGGUGCCUUUGCAUACACAUUCUGGAACUCUGCAUGGGAGUAUUAUGCUCUUCAGUGCUUCAUGGGUGCCAAUAUUUAGCCACGCUCUGAUUUUUAAUUAUCCUUUUUGUCCGUUAAUUAUUUUAACUCUGAUGGUGUUUUUGUCUUGAAUCUGUAUUUUGGUAAUAAUUGUAUUCUAAAUGGACAUUGUCAAGGUUUUGGGCCUCAAACAUGACCACCUCUUCAUCCGUAGGAGCUAUACGUGAAGCAUGUUUUGCAUGUUGUAGCAAAGAAUUCUGAAAUGAAGAGGUUUUAAAUUAUCUUGUUAGGAAAGAUCUCCACAUUCUAAUUAUCCCAUAAACAUGAACCAGGAGAGGCUACUAAUUGCUAUUAAUUUGAUAGAUCCUAUAAAAACAAACCUUCUCCAGUCAGCUCUAUUGCUGUAGUUAUCAGCAGUAGACUAGGACUAGUGGUUAGCAGUCAAUGCAAGCAAAUAUAUUUUGCCACAAGGCACUACAAAAUUAAAGUUAUUAAAACAUUUAUAGCCUUGGAAGAAAAUCAAUUGUUGUCAAAUAGAAAAGGACAAAAUCAGUAGUUGGGAUGGAGAGGGGAAUUAUUUUCCAUUUGCGAAAACAAUAGAGGAAAUGCAAAAAUUAAACUAGCAAAAGCAAUCACAUGACAGUGUCCUUUUAAGUUUAAACUCCUAUAUUAGCCCCCACUGGGGAAAUACUCCAGUCCUAGAUUUUGUCCAGAGUCUCCCAGAUAAUAUGCUUCAACAUCACAUAAGGCUGUGUCUUACAGGAACCUUGUGAGGUAACACAUCUCCUACUAAGGUUACUCUCCAUGCCUUGACUUUGUGUUUCUACCUGAAUGGCUUGUAUUUCCAACACCUGCUGUGUUUAUGUGGUCAUCUCUCUUGCACAAACAGAGGAUCUGUAAACAAUCACGCAUUCUUUCUACUUCCUAGCCCCUCUGGUUCUACCUGGUGAAUCCUGUCCUAAACCCAAGCAUAUAUUUAUAUAUCUGUGUGAGGUCUUAAUUUAAUAAAUUAUCUGCUUUUUUUUUUCA